UAUGAUGCAACAAUUUUACUUAUUCUUUGCUUGUGGAGAUUGAAAAAUAUUCUAAGAAAAAAGAGUAAACUAAUGUCCCUUAUUUCCCUUAUAAAGGCAAAGUUGGAAAAACUUCAGCCUAUUUAUCUGCAGACUCGUCAUUGUCUUUGAUAAUGAUGUAACAAUUAUAGAGAGGGCAUCUUAUGGAUAAGGAGAUGGAUGAUUCUCAAGAUGUGAGGAUUUCAAUGAGCGAUGCAGAGAGGAAUAUUGAGAAUGAGCUAACCAAGAAAGAUGAUGUGAGAGCAAAAAUAAAGAAAAUAUUUUAUCCAUGGGGGCAGCACAAGUACCAUCUAAUGUUGAAGAAUGCUUUUCUAGUCUCAUGUGUGAUUGCAAUCUCAAUGGAUCCUUUAUUCCUUUACAUUCCUUAUAUAAAUGAGGAAAAGAAGUGCAUUCAAAUGGACCCUAAGUUGAAGAUUGCAUUUCUUGUUUAUCGAUGUCUCACUGAUAUUUCUUACCUAAUCCAUAUAUUUUUUCAUACGCUUCGAAGGGUCACCAGGCCAUUGAGAAAGACAAAAUAUAGUGGGUUGAUUGGCGAAACUUCGCCAUUAUUUUGGAGGAUUACCUGGUCAUUCAUACAAAAUUAUAUUGAUAUUCUGGCUAUCAUUCCCCUCGCACAGAUGAUGUUGAUCUUCUUUGCCAAACUGAGGGAUUCGAGAUAUUCGAGUACAAGGAAUUUUCUAAACUUCCUUAUUAUCUCCCAAUAUGCGCCAAGGAUUUUACGUGUCUACCUUUCAUGGAAAAAUCUUGGAAGGAUUCCUACGUCAAUCACUGGAGUUGUUUGGGUUAGCGGUGCAUUCAAUUUAUUUCUCUAUAUUAUUGCCAGUCAUGCGCUCGGAGCGUUGUGGUACUUCCUUGCUGUCGAACAAGAGACUACAUGCUGGGGCCAAGCCUGUAAAACUCAUGGUGGAUGUGUUGAUACGUCUUUUGUUUGUAAUGACAAUACUACCCCCAGGAACCUGAUCAUUUUGAAUGAGUUUUGCCCUAUAAAUCCACCCAAUGCAACGGUCUACGAUUUUGGAAUAUUUCUUGAUGGCCUUCAAUCUGGUAUGCAAGCGUCGACAGAUUUUCCAAAAAAGUUCGUUCAAUGUUUCUGGUGGGGUCUGAGGAAUCUGAGUUCUUUUGGUCAAAACCUCGACACACGUAAUCAUGCAUGGGAAAGCAUGUUUGCUGCUUUAAUUUCAAUUACUGGCUUGCUUCUAUUUUUGUAUCUUAUUGGAAAUCUGCAGACAUACAUGCAAUUGGCAACUACAAGAUGGGUGGAGAUCAGACAGAAAUUGAAAAUGAAAGAACCAGAAAUAGAUUUGUGGAUAUCCAACAAUCGCUUUCCAAAGACUAAAAGGACAGCGGUUAUGCAACAUAUUCUCUACUCAUUGGAACAUGACAAAGAUGCGGAUGUGGAAAACCUUCUCAAUUCUCUUUCCUCGACUGACAAAGAGCGCAUUGAAAGCAACCUCACUUUGGGUGAGCAUCAGUCAUAUGCAAAGUUGGCAGCCACAAGAUCAAUGGAGAAAAGAUAUCACAAGAAAUUGAAAGAACGUAGCGUGGAGUUGUGGAUGUUAGGAAAUGGCAUUCCCAAUGAUUUAAAGCCAAUAAUCAAGAGAUGCACUGGAGAUAGAUUGCAAGACGACCAAGAAGUUGACGUAGCGAGUCUCAUGUCUAUACUUCCCCGGGAACAUAAAUCCGCUCUUAAGAGACACCUCUGCUUGGCUACGUUUAAGAAAAUUCAGGCACUUCGAAAUAUGGAUGACAGAGUGAUUGAAAUAUUUAUGAACCAUCUGAAGCCAGUGGUGUACACUGAAAACACAUACAUUAUUAGAAAUGGAGAACCACUUGACUUGAUGUUUUUCAUCACCCAAGGCGUUGUUUGGACAUUCAAAAGUACUGGUUCCAAAACCACUGACAAUUGUCUUGAAAAAGGAGAUUUCUAUGGAGAGGAACUUCUGAAUUGGGCAAUGGAAUUUCCCACUUUUGCUCAAGUCCCCAUCUCCACCACAAAUGUCAAAUGCCACACAAAAGUUGAAGCUUUUUAUCUCACAGCCUUGAACUCCAAGAAUUUGAUCAGGAAUUACUGGUGGCUGUUUAGACAACAGCUCCAACUCUCAACCCAAUGCGAGACCAAGCGAUUUGAGCCAUUGGCGCUUCUUGCUGUAAAACAAACCUUGCUGCGUGGGAAAAGAAGAGCAUUCAAAAAGUAAAAUUGGCGUAAACAAUAAUCCUUCCCUUGUCGACUGAAGGUGGUGGUGACACUGCCAGUGAGUUGAGUAUGUACCAAUUACCACCAAUAAAUUCCUGCUCUUGUUUUAGUUAAUUUUCAAACACAGGGCGGUCUGAGAAAACUCAAUAAAUUAAGCCAAGAAGAGUAGGCCAUGUAUAAUAAGGUUUCUCAUACGGGUUAUGACAUUUGGUUAUGCAUAUGUCACAUGUCCCCAUACAGACAACAAACCGGGCUCAUAAAUGUUACGCACACUUGUUCUGGUUUUCAUACUUUUUGUGCCAAUAAGGUAUCUUUUUCUUCAUUUCCUUCAAC